UUUCUUGACAAGUAUAUAUAUGGGCGCUCUGUUUACAACAAAGUUAGCCAAUUCGAAGUGCUUGUUUUUGUCCUUUAUUACAGCCGUCAAAAUGUCUCGGUUGUGUAACAAAGGCCAUAUUCUUUUAUAACGGAAGAUACAAACGGAAGAUAUUGUCAAACAUAGUUCUUAAAAAAAAAAAAUCAGGGCAGAUUUGUUUUUCACAAUAUUUUUUCCCUUCACCCGUAACAGAAAAGGAGGAAGCAUCAUCUGAAAACUUCUUUAAAAAGGUCUGAAUUGAAGGAAGCCGCAAUGGUGUUGAUUUUGGGAAGGAGGAUGAACAGGGAGGACUCUGGGAUCAGGGACUCACCAGCUGUCAAACGCAAGGUGUUUGAGGUUGAUCCUAAAACCUUAGGAAGUCAGGAUAUCUUGGACUUCUGCUCUGGCUCAUCGCACUCAGAGGCCAUCCUGCAGGUGUUCAAUGAGUUUCGUGACUGCCGCCUUUUCACUGAUGUUGUCAUCAGUGUCCAGGGUCGUGAGUUCCCCUGCCACCGCGCUGUCCUCUCUGCCUGUUCAUCCUACUUCAGAGCCAUGUUCUGCAACGAUCACCGCGAGAGCCGAGAGAUGCUGGUAGAAAUCAAUGGUAUCCUGGCAGAGGCUAUGGACUCGUUCCUCACCUAUGUUUACACAGGCCGUGCCAAGAUCACCACUGAGAAUGUCCAGUUCCUCUUUGAAACCUCCAGCCUCUUCCAGAUCACCACACUGCGUGAUGCUUGUGCAAAGUUCCUAGAAGACCAGCUUGACCCAUGCAACUGCCUGGGCAUCCAGCGUUUUGCAGAUGCACAUGCCCUGAAAACGCUAGCCGGCCGAUGUCGCAGUUAUGCCAUGGCCAACUUCUCAGAGGUGGCACAGCAUGAGGAGUUCCUUGAUCUUCGCAAAGAAGAACUUGAAGAGUACAUUAACAGUGACGAACUGUGCGUUGGUAAGGAGGAGAUGGUGUUUGAGGCAGUCAUGCGAUGGGUCUAUCACAGUAUGGAGCACAGGAAGCCCAUUCUGAAGGCUUUGCUGCACCAUGUCCGGUUGCCCCUGCUGCAUCCCAACUACUUUGUCCAGACAGUUGAGGGAGACCAGCUCAUCCAGAAUGCUCCAGAGUGCUAUCAGCUUCUCCACGAAGCCAGACGCUACCACGUGUUGGGAAAUGAAAUGAUGUCACCCAGAACCCGUCCACGCAGGUCGACUGGCUACUCAGAGGUGAUUGUGGUGGUAGGUGGCUGUGAGCGGGCUGGCGGAUUUAACCUGCCCUACACUGAAUGCUAUGAUCCAGUCACAGGGGAAUGGAAAUCAUUGGCAAAACUACCAGAGUUCACCAAAUCUGAGUAUGCUGUCUGUGCAUUGCGCAAUGACAUUCUGGUGUCAGGUGGCCGUAUCAACAGCAGGGAUGUGUGGAUGUACAACUCCCAGCUCAAUCUCUGGAUCAGAGUGGCUUCUCUUAACAAAGGCCGCUGGCGACACAAAAUGGGCGUCCUUCUGGGCAAGGUCUAUGCUGUGGGAGGCUAUGACGGCCAGACCCGCUUGAGCAACGUGGAGUGCUACGAUUCCUUCUCGAAUCGCUGGACAGAAGUGGCUCCCAUGAAAGAGGCCGUCAGCUCUCCGGCCGUGGCCAGCUGCGCCGGCAAGCUCUUUGUCAUAGGAGGGGGGCCGGACGACGAAACCUGUUCAGACAAGGUUCAGUGCUACGAUCCAGAAACAGAUACGUGGUUGCUGCGUGCCAACAUCCCUAUUGCCAAGCGCUGCAUCACAGCAGUGUCCCUCAACAACCUGGUGUACGUUUGCGGCGGCCUCACCAAGUCCAUUUUCUGCUACGACCCUGCAGAGGACUACUGGAUGCAUGUGGUCCACACAUUUAACAAACAGGAGAGCUGUGGCAUGUCGGUGUGUAACGGCAAAAUCUUCAUCCUCGGUGGCCGAGGGGAGAGUGGUGAAGCCACAGACACGAUUCUGUGUUACGACCCCGCAACGGGCAUCAUGACAGGUGCUGCAGCCAUGCCGCGGCCCAUCUCCUACCAUGGCUGUGUCACCAUCCACCGCUACAAUGACAAGUAUUACAAGUCAUGACCAUAAACCCAGGCAGACCCAUGUUCUUACAUGCAAGGACACACUAAGGAACAUAAACUCUUUAAGUACACCACAUAUGCAACUGUACACGUUUUUAAUGACAGAUAAAUGGUUCAAAUUGGUUCAAUCCACAGCACCAAUGAGCUCAUUUAUUUUAUUCACCGCAUCCUGUAGCAUUGCUCACUGUGGCUGUGACUCUUUUGUUAAUGUCCCCACUAGUGAUCACCCUUCUGUUGAAAUGUGAAACGGCUAAUAAUGCUCAUCAUGUCUUGAGUAGAAUCUGAGGUGAAGUGGAAUCAGAUCAGUAUGGUAGAUGUUUGUUUAUCACUACAAAGUUGGGAAGUAAUCCAUCAUGUAUGACUCCUAAUAUUUUGGAAACUACUUGUUGAUUUAAAUAUUUUACUGAAUAUGUUCAGUAUCCAUUAGACUCUAAUGAUUAGAGAAUAGAUUGCAGUUUUGCUUAGAGGAGAAUAUUUAGUUUUUAGUACACUUUUAUGAACACUUACAGAACUUUCGACAUUACAAAGAGAAAUUGAAUAAUCAAUAGUGUACAGAAUCACAGAAAUUUUAAUUGACAGCAUGUGCCUUAAAAAUGAAAUUUUAAAAUGCCUAGAAUGCCUUUGUGUCAUAUUAGGAAUUGUUCAUCAACUUUGAUUUAUAUCAUGCUACCAGUUAUUGUAAGCAGGCCAUUCAUUUACUUCCCAACAUUGUGCAUGUGUCUAGGAUCCUGAUAGAGGAUGAGAUGAUCACAGAUAAGGGUGAUUACCAAAUACAUUGCUGAAAAUCACACCUCAAACAUACCCAAACAGAGCAAAAAUCAAUACGUCUGCACAGGAAUAUCCCUUUUUGAGACACAAUAAUCAUUCCUUCAGACAGAUAAAUGACCAUGUAAAUAUUUAGCCUGGUCAUCUAAACCUGUACCAACUGCACUCCAUAGAAAUAUGUCCACAGCGUAACCCAGCACUAAGAAUACAAAGAAGUGCUGUCUUCUGCAUUCAUAUUUAAGGUAUUUAAGAAAUGUGGAUGACAGCUACAGCUACUCUCUCAUCACCAGUCACAUUUCUGACUCGCUCUCACCUCUUCACCUAAGAUUUAAGAAAUGAGAUAAAGAGCUAAGCCUGUGCAGGAAUAUUUGCAUGCAGCCACUGCCUGCUCUGCCUCACUGUUUUCAUUUCAUCAAAACGUCAACUUCUCACUUCCCUGUUCCUUAUGUGUCAUCACCUCACAUUUUUAAGAUUGCCAUAUCUUUUUAUCAUUAUUAGAAUUAUUGUAACUCAUUUUCUCCUAUUUUCUUUUUUUUUAUACUUUUAAGUUAUACCUGUUUGUUCUUAUUUUUGUAUAAGUGUAUGUUAAUUGUAUUAUACAUAGCUUAAGUUAGUCAUAUCUUUAGAAGCUCAUUGGUAUACUGGGCUUGUGGGUGGAUUUUUUUUAGAUGUGAGAAGCGUUUGCAGAUCAAACUCAGACGGCUCUAAAUAAGUGAGUUGCAUGUCUGAUCUUUGUAUGUUUGAGGGUUUUUUUUUUACUCUGUCUGGAUGCGCCGUAGCCGAGAAAGUUCAUCUUAGCGUUGUAGUGUAACCGUUGCAUGACUGCUAACUUCUCCUAAUAGAGCUCUUAUUGCUGAUGCAAGCGCCUCUCACCUGAACAUUUACAUGUAAAGAUGUAACUAAGGGGUAACCAGGGAUUCCUCCAGGUGCGUAUGUCUGUAUCUGUGUUUACUGGUCAGCAAAGGUGUGUAGCAAUGUUUUACCUCACACAACAGAGGGUUGAGAGUUCUGAAUGACAAGGGUUAUGGAUGUGUAUCUCAUGGUCAGUAAAUUCACUUUUUACUGCAGUUGGUGUUGAUAGUGUAGAGAAAUUGCUGUGAAUAUAACGUUUAAUAUGUUUUCUGUGUGUAAAUAUAUCUUUCUCUGUCUCUUUUUUUUUUUUCAUAUUGUGUUUAUAAAACAAAGAGCCCCAAUUGUGCACUUUGAGAAAAUCCUCUUAAAUGUAGAAUUACAAAAAUUAUUUUUUAUUUUUUUAUUUUACUUGAUCAGUGAAUGUUCUUUGCUUUGGUGUGAUGUAUGGAUGAGAUGGUAAAAGGUCUGUCAGCUCCUCCUUGGUCACUACUUAUCUUUUUCUAGUGUUUUCAGAGAAACAACAAAGGAGUGAGUUUGAAUUUUAAACUUUUCAUGUCAGGAUGGCAAAGGUGGUCUAUGUUCUUCACUAUUUAGGAGUCCAGAGUAUAUCGUAGAAACUUCACAGAUUGUGUAUCCAGUUGUCACUCCCAGUGACAAAAGGUGGGGUAUUUAGUUUUAUUAAUCUGUCAGUUAUGCUCCUGGAUGGAUGAGUUCAGUACCAGGCCUUAAACAGUACCAUAUGUUGGAAAUAAAACACCCCCCUGGCAGAUCUAAACUCCUUUUCAGAGUGAAACAGAGUAACUGAGGAGGCCAACAGGAUGAGUGUAUGUGUGUGCCUUUGAUUUCACUGAGUAUUUACUCAAACUGGGACACAAACACUGUCCUACUAAGUUGAUUUAUUUGCUUUCAUUAUAUAAUAUGUUGAUGUUCUCAUUUAUUGUGUGCUUUUGAUAGUCUUUCUUUUUUUUCCUUGAUGUGGUGAGUUGCGUAUUUGUGUUGCUGUCGAUGUCGGUGAAAUACUGCAAAACAUAACUUUAAGAGUGGAUUGUUAAAAGUUAAUCACCAAAUUAAUAUGAAUGCACAUAUCAGCAAAAAGUAGAUUUGAUUCACGCCCAAAGGUUGUUUUGUUGAAAAAAAUCAGUCAUGCGAGAUGGAAGCUUUAACCUUUUAAAUACUGUUGUUGGCCUUAAAAGAAUAAAACGGGUGGAUCAUUAAAUCAGACCCUCAUUUUGUAAGCUUUUAUUACUGUAUGCAUGCUGUAACCGUUUAGUACCACUUUAUUAUUCUUUUCUCUCUGUCAGACUGCCAGAAAGCUUUGGAUUGUAAACUACAGUAUGUUGAAAUGUAAUGGUUGACUUUUCUAAAAGAAACAUCAAUAAAGUUUUUUUCUCUUUGUGUAUCA